AUGGCCUCAACUUCGUCUCUCACGGGAUCGGGCCGUGCUUAUUCGUCAGAUAUGGAGGAAUCAUCCUUCCUGAAGCGUAAUCGAGUCGUCCACUUUGCUCGUCUUGGUCUAUCAUUCUUGACCUUUGGUGUUGCAAUUGCUGUCGUUGCCUGUGAAGCACCACCCUUGCAACACUACAAUAAGACAUCUCAGUGGGCAGGUGCCGGCCUUGCCCUGUGGCCUUUGAACUUUGACAUACGGCCGACCAUCGCAGCUUUAGUCUGUGGCUCUAUAGUCACUGUACUAAAUCUGGUAUAUAUUGCAGCUGCUCUCCUCCCAUCGCCCUAUUCCCGCAUUAAACCACUGAACAUCUACGCCUCGACUUCAGCUCUGGCCGGGUUUGUCACAGCUCUAGUUGGAAUCCUCUUCAUAAAAUACCUCCCAUCAUCAAGCUAUCCAGCAGGAUUCAGCAAAAACGAAACCCUGCACAGCUGGACCUGCAAAUGGAAGACCGGAACAAGCACCACCGCAACACCGGCUAACUUUGACCGUGACUGCACCAAUACCCGCGCAGCAUUUGUACUGCUGUGCGUAUUGGUUGGGAUGGAGGUGUUCAUGGGUGUGAUUGCUGCCCUGGGUAUAUGGUUCCAGAAAGAUGUCUCUCGUCGUCGGGCGGCGCAGUUCCAGCUUGAGAAGAUGGAGGUUGCUACUAAGCACUCUCAGACUUGA